UUUGGCAUACGUUAAAAUAACAUCAUCAUACAAAACUAACGCAACAUUUUUCUUCUAAAAUCUAACAUUUUAGUUCAAUUGAAGAAUAUUUUCGAUUUUAAAUUGGAUUCACGAAAAAAUAAAAAACGCCGAUUAGACAGACAGUUAGAAAUAAACAAAACAAUUUAAUCGAUCGACGAGGAUAUAAACAAACAAUCUAAUGGUUUUAAUAUUCAAACAGUAAAAAGGAAAAGUAAAAUAUGUUUCAAAAUAAAUUUAAAAAGCUGUUGUUAAUAAUAUUUGUGCUGCUGCUUUUUCUAACCAGGAAGUCUUUUGGUUUGGUCAAUCCUUUACAUACGGAAUAUUAUUCAAAUUAUCGCAAUUAUCCCGGUGAUGAUAAGUUAAACUACAAAUAUCACUAUUUUAUCGAUCAUCCACCCAGCAAUGUUCACAUGAUGCACUUAGAGGAACGUCAAGGUGACAAAGUAAUGGGUCAAUAUGGUCUACUAGAACCCAAUGGAAUGGUGCGUAUGGUCCAUUAUCAAGUAGUGGGCGACAGUGGUUUUCAAAGUGUAGUUCAAACACGAACACCGCACAGCAGAACACAUGUACGACUAAUGAAUCGUAAACAACCUAUACUGCCGAUAAUAUUACAACAGCCAGUGGCAUCUGUUAUAUGAUUUCAUUAUUGUAAAGAUUAUAAUAAUAAAAAAACAAUAAAUUUAUAACAAUUAAAAAUCUACCUGUAAAUCAAGAAUCAGUUUCUAAUUCGGGUUAAUUUUGUGAUAAGUGUUUCAAAAUUGUUUUAAUAUUUCAAAUAUUAGAAUAAAAUAUGACAUAUAUAUAUUUUAAAAAAAGGUUCGUUAUUGCAAACUAUUUAGCUUCCAUAAUUACAAACUAAAUAAUCAGUUAUAUUUAUAAUAAAUAAAGAAAUAAAACAUUAACACGGUCUAUAAUAUAGAAAAAAAAAUAAACUGACUUCAAAUCAUUCAUUCACCUUUUAAACCCACUAUCAAAAAUAUGUCGGUUUUAUUGAUUUUUCACACGGCUUGAAACACAUCAAAGGUUAUACAAUAUUUUCAUGAGCCGUAUUGGAUCCCUUUGUCUAACGGUUUGUUUAAAACACUAUGGAAUAUAAACGAAUGCUCAUUUUUAUCUAAACCGAUAAUUUACCCAGUCCCAAAUCAUUUUUUGCCAAUAAAUCGCUUAAAAGCCAAGAUUUAACUAAAAUACUGCAAAAUAAUUUUGUUAUUAGAAAUUCGUCAUUCACUCGAGUUCUAAAGAAUAAGGUUCAUAAUUGACCCAUAAGUCCCCAAAAAAACCCUCAAUCUGAUGUUAAUCAAUAAGCAACAAAUCGAUAUAAAAAGAUUUUAUUGGUAUAGCCGAGUAUUACACACUUACUUAUUUUUAUUUCUUUGAUAAGUGUGAGAAUUUAAUAAAAUUAAAAUUUAUUUUUUUUUUAUUUCCAAUUUAAAAUGCUUUUUAUUUUAUGAGU